GUUCGCCGGCGAAAAAUGGCAACCACUGUUGCUGCCACUCCUAUUGGGACUUCGACGCCCGUUUCUUUCCGCAACAAUAUUCCGAGAAUCAGAGUUAGUGUGGCUAACAUUCGAAGCACCGAAAUUUCCCUCCCGCAUCACUCAGAAAUGGCUCCUCCUUCGUGUUGGCGUGUUUACCUUAUCCCCCUCCUGCUUCUCAAUCACCAACCCCAUCUUCCAAUACCAAAUUCACUUCUUCUCCUUCAAACUAAGCUCUACGUCACUGGAAUAUCUUUUCGUACCACUGAAGAGAGCUUGCGAAAUGCCUUUAAGAAAUUUGGUGAACUUGUGGAAGUCAACCUGGUGAUGGAUAAAAUAGCAAAUAGACCAAGAGGAUUUGCCUUUCUUCGUUAUGCAACUGAAGAGGAUUCUCAGAAGGCUAUUGAAGGAAUGCAUGGGAAGUUCUUGGAUGGCAGGGUCAUAUUUGUGGAAGUUGCAAAACCAAGAUCAGAAUUGCGCCGAAGACUUGACCAAAACCCUAGAUAGUAAUGUACGUCAGGAGAAAGUUCAUGUACAGGUCUUAUUGCAUUAUAAUGCCUGCCGAGAAGGGACACAUGAGUAACCCUGGGCUAACGCACCUGCAUUUUACUUGAUUAUACUGUAUGAGAGAUGCCUUCGGUACUGAGGAAUAUAACUGCUUUCAGCUUUCAGCGCUGCUAAAUUGUAUGUUCUUGGACCUGAUGCCUGUCGGCUGAUUUGGGCAUCACUUGUUUCAAUUUAUUAUACUUCCUAGGAAGUUCGGGUGUUGCUUGCAUAAAUUUUUAUUUAUCAGCGAGUUCAAAUUAUUUUCCAAAUAAAUAUAUGAUUUUUCAUCAAUUGUAUAUAAAAUUGCCCAUUUUAUUUCAUAAAGGAAUUAGGACUGUUUUGGCCAAAAGGAAUUAUGAGAUUAGGUAGAGCAAGUUUGGAUUUUAUAAACUACUAGGGAUGUAUGACUUA